CCGGCCCGGCUGGCUGCGGCCGCAGGUCCUCAACCUCGACCCCAACAUGUGCAAGCAGACGUCGGUGAUCCACGAGAUCGGCCACACGGUCGGCCUGGCGCACGAGAUGUCGCGGCCGGCGGCGCGCCGCCAGCUCAGCGUGAACUUCCACCACAUGCGCCUGUCGCGCCACCUCUGGGCACAGUCGCAAGUGUGCGAUCUGACGGCGCCGCGCGUGCCGUACGACUUCCUCUCCAUCAUGCACUACGGCACGUUCGCCGGCAGCCGCGACGGCAACGCCGUGUUCGUGACGCGCAACCCGCUGCACCAGCACCUCGUCGACCACAACGACGACGUGCGCUUCGUGCCGGGUCUGCCGACGCUGUCGCACCUGGACCGCUACGUCAUCAACACCGAGUACGGCUGCUACCGGCCCGAGUCGUGCACGUUGCUGCUGCGCGGUUCGGCCGGCACGCAAGCGCGCGCCUCCGUCGACGCCGCCACCUACUUGGCGCAGGCGCUGGCCGGCGUCGCGUUCGAGCGGCUGGCGCGCGACGCGUGCAGCCUCGGCCUGUCGGUGCUGACUACGUGA